AUGUCUUCUUGCAACGACAACACCUUUGGGCCUGUCGUCGCCGCGGGCUGCAGGGACUCGUUCGACUUCACCUUGCUGUUUCAGCAGAGCAUUUUGUCGAUUGGGCCCUCUGCCCUCUUUCUCAUUUUGGCACCGCCUCGCAUCCUGCGACUGCUCAGCCGCCCACAGCGCACUUUGACGACUACGAUUAGCCCAUCAUAUCUCGCUAGGGUUGCGAUACCUCUGAUCUACCUCGGCCUACAAAUCACUCUGCUUGUCGCAUGGCAAACUUCGGCGCACAGGUCCGCCACGGAUGUCUCGCUGGCCGAAUCUUGCAUGAGGCUUGCCGAUGGUCUGGUCAUCUGCAUCCUCUCUAUUGCUGAAUACCCACGGACGGUACGACCUUCCACGCUUCUCUGCGUUUACUUCGCUUUCAGCGCCGUGUUUGACGCCAUCCUUCCGCGUCUAUGCCAGUCGGCCUUCAACUUCAGCCAACCACUGCUCAUCUCCCGCGUAGUCACAUACCUGCAAGAGGCCAACAGUGACCUAAACUUUGGGUACGGACUGAUCGGUGCCACAGCGAUUAUAUAUAUCGGCCUAGCUUUCAGCAUGGCUGUAUACAAGCACAAGACGUACAGGCUCAUCACUAUGGUACGAGGCGGCCUGAUCUCCCUCAUCUAUGACAAGACAAUAAAGCUAGAAACGGGCGCACUUAAAGAUGGGGCAGGCGUUACGUUGAUUGGGACGGACUGUGAGAGUAUCGCGCAGGGGCUUGUCAACGUACACGAGAUCUGGGCAUCGCCCAUCGACAUUGGUCUGGCGUUGUACCUUCUCCAAUACGAGGCAGGAGUUGCGUGCGUGGCGCCAGUUGUUAUUGCCGUCCUUUCAACACUAUGCAGCGUUCAGAUCGCAAAGGUCACCAGGAAAAGGCAAAAGGCCUGGGUGGAGGCUGUACAAAAGCGGGUGACGAGCACGUCCAGCCUACUGAGCAACAUCAAGGGUGCAAAGAUGGCCAGCCUGGUAGGGGUAAUGGCGGCUCGUAUCGAAUCGUUGCGGGGCAUCGAGAUCAACAAGGCCAAGGCGUUUCUGCGCAUCGAUGCUAUCAUGAACGUCUGCGCCAGCGCUCCAAAUCUGGUCUCCCCGAUGGCAACGCUGCUCAUAUUCGCAUUCACAAACGGCACUUUGACGAGCGAGAAAGCCUUUCCCGCCCUUUCCAUCGUGGCCAUCAUGAACCAGCCACUGACGCUUGCUUUGAGCGCAAUUCCGACCUUCUGGGCCUCACUGGCCUGUUUCGAGCGGAUCGAGAAGUAUCUUCUUCUUGAAGAGCGCAAAAACUUCCGUUCGCCUCUUUCAUCCGGCUCUGGUUCUCCAAUUUUGCUUGGCACCCGGCUCUCCGUGGAGCCUGAGCAAGAAAAGCUCCCGAAUAACACAAUCGAGGUCGAACUGGAGGCCAUGGCGCCUCUACGAAAUGCGACCGAUCGUCCACCUCUGGUGUCUAUCAAACAUGGCUCUUUUGGCUACGGGAACGAUGGACAGUGUGUACUACAAGACGUCGACCUUGACUUGUACCCGGGCACAUUCUACACCCUGAUGGGCCAGAUUGGUUCAGGAAAAUCAACCCUCUUUCGGGCCAUAUUAGGGGAGACAAGAUGUCUCACGGGCCAGGUCACCGUUUCCGUUCCAUCUGUGGCGUACUGUGCUCAGGAGCCGUGGCUGCCCAACGUUUCUGUCAAAGCCAGCAUCCUAGGUGACAAUGGGCUGGAUGAAGGAUUCUACGACCAAGUUGUUAGGGCAUGUGGGCUCGAAACUGAUUUAAUUCAAUUACCAGGUGGACAUGGGACGAUUCUGGGAUCCAAAGGAACGCGACUGUCCGGCGGCCAAAUCAAACGUGUCGCCUUGGCUCGCGCCGUCUAUUCGAGACUGCCUCUCGUCCUCCUAGACGACUGCUUCAGUAGUCUUGAUUCAAAGACAGAGGCGCUCCUCUUCCGCCGACUACUGCAAAAGAACGAAGGUCUUUUGAGACAGCUUGGCUGCUGUGUUGUUCUUGUCACACAAAGUGAGCGGCAUGCCAUCCAGGCAGACAGGCUGCUCGUUGUGGAAUCGGAUGGGUCCAUUAGCAGCCGAGAACCCACAAAAGACUCGACAUGUUUGAUUGAUUCGGCCGAUCAAAUGCCUGUCAAAGCCAAAUCUGGCGAGGAUACUGACCCCGGCAGCGAGACCCAGAGUGCUGCAAAUCAAGGCCGGGCAACAGAUUCUGAUCUUUCCUCGCCUGCUGCCCGCCAGACAGGUGACCUUUCUAUAUGGACAUUCUAUUUCGCGCGAAUUGGGCUCCUUAACUGCGCGAUUUAUCUAAUCUUGAACGCCUUGACGGCCUUCUUUCCACGCUUCGCACAGGUGUGGGUUUCUUUCUGGGUCGAGGCGUCUUCCCAAAUUCGCAGGGAGAACGUCAAUGGCAUCUAUGGUGCUACAUAUGUAUUGCUCUCAGUCGGAGGCCUUCUGGCAUUCUACUCCGUACUUUUGUACAUGUUCCAGGUCAUGGUGCCACGAUCAGCGCGCAGACUGCAUCACGAACAGCUACAGACGACGAUACACGCUUCGCACAGCUUCUUGAGCCGGACAGAUCCCGGCAUGAUCCUGAAUCGCUUCAGCCAAGAUAUGACACUGGUCGAUAUCGAGCUGCCUUCAUACGCGGUACAAUCCUUCUUCUACGUCUUCAGCUGCCUUGCCCAGGGAAUAUUGGUAGCAACGGGGAUCAAGUACAUGGCCGCGCUAAUCCCUGCGAUCCUUGCGGUUGUCUACGUCCUCCAGAAAUUUUACCUACGGACAUCGCGCCAGCUGCGUUACCUGGAACUCGAAGCAAAGUCCCCGCUCUACAGCCACAUGCUUGAGACAUGCAGCGGCCUGCAUACCAUUCGGGCAUUCGGGUGGGAGAGGCGUUUCCGUGAGGCCAACACGUCACUUGUCAAUGCAUCUCAGAGGCCACUGUACGCGUUGUACUGUGUCCAGCGCUGGCUCAAUCUGGUCUUGGUUCUGGUGGUUGCUGCCAUUGCCACUUUGCUGGUGGCGCUCGGCACGCAGCUGAAAGGCGAGACGAGCCCAAGUUCGAUGGGUGUGGCGCUCGUCAAUGUGGUGAACUUUGCGCAGACUUUGGCUAACCUGAUCACGGCAUGGACGUCGCUCGAGACAGCACUCGGCGCCAUUGGCCGAAUUAAAGGCUUUACGACAGAUGUCAAGCACGAGGACGAUCCCAGCCUAGGAUUUGCUCCAAGUAGCGUCGGUGAUCCUCCGUCAGGCCCGCUCACGAGUUCUCAGACACCAGGCAGGCUCGAGAUCUCGCACGCGUCACUGGCAUAUGAGGACUCCCCUCCAGUACUAAAAGACAUCUCGCUUGUCGUCGAGCCAGGCAUGAGGGUCGGCAUCUGCGGGCGGUCCGGAAGCGGUAAAUCCUCCUUAUUGUUAGCCAUCCUCCGGAUGCUACGCUGUACGGAGGGCAGCAUCGCCCUGGAUGAGCAGCCCAUCCAUACCAUCCCCAGCGAGACCCUACGUGCUGCAUUCAUUGUUGUUCCGCAGACUCCACUCACUAUUCCCGGGUCAGUCCGCGCCAAUCUUGACCCGCACUCUAUUUUCCACAACAACGACGAUGCAAUCGUCGCCGUGCUUCAAGAGUUUGGGCUCUGGGACACAGUCGCCAAACAAGGAGGCCUCGACACCGACGCGGAUGCUCUUUCGCUAAGCCAUGGCCAGACGCGGCUAUUGGCCAUUGCGCGUGCAGUCCUGGAGAGAGAUGCCAGUUCCAAAAACAAGAGAAUUGUGCUCGUCGACGAGGUGACCAAUGGACUGGAUGCCGAAAGCUCGUCCACGGUGAUGCGCGCUUUGGAGAGAGCUUUCAAAGGCUACACAGUAGUUGCCAUCGCGCAUCAGCUCGAGACCAUUAUGGACUAUGAUUGCGUCGUCGUGCUAGAUGCUGGCCGUAUUGCUGAAUGGGGCAAUCCUGCCGCUUUGUUGGGCUACGAAAGAGGUUGGUUCAAAAGUCUCUGGGAGGAAGGCGGGUUCAGACAGAGACGCAUGACGUCCUUGUAA